AUGUCAUCAGACGAUCUCAAGGCGCACGCCGCCUCAGAUCAAGAUUUCUACGCCCUCCUCGAUGUCUCCCCAGCAGCAACCCUAUCCGAAAUCAAGCGCCAAUACCGUCGCACAGCACUGAAAUACCAUCCAGACAAAAUCGCCAACCCAACCCCAGCAGAUAUCGACAAGUUCCACACCCUCCAAAUCGCCCACGAUGUCCUUACAGACGCAGACGUAAAACAACUCUAUGACAAUGCGCGUGAGGCCCGGCUGCGCAAGCAGCGCGAGCGCGAUAUGCUUGACUCAGCCCGGCGGUCAAUGGUCGAGGACCUGGAAAAGCGCGAACGGGCAGGCGCAGCCGCGCAGCGUGGAGUUAAACGGUCAUGGAUGGAGGAGAACGAUGCGGAGGCGAAGCUUGCGGCGGAGAUUGAGCGUAUUGCGCAAGAUGGAAGGCGGAGAAGGAAGGAGGCGCAGGAGAAGUUGCAGCGCGAGUUGGAUGAGGAGCAGAAGGUUAUUGAGCGGGAGGAGGAGGAGAAGAGGAAGGCGGCUGAUCGGAGUAGUCAACGGGUGGACCGGUCACAGGAGACGAAUGUGUCGGAGUUGGAGAGGUCAGUUAAGGUGCGGUGGGUGCGGGAGGGACGGGGGGUGGAGUUGGAGGCGGAGGGGUUGAGAGGGCUUUUUGCGCCGUUUGGGCCUGUCGAGGCCAUUGUUGUACUCAAGGAUAAGAGAAAGAAGCUGGAGGGGAAGAAGGGCAAGGUCACAUUGGCUACAGGCAUGAUUGUUUUCACGUCUAUUGUCAGUGCUCAUGCGGCUGUUCUUGAUGGCGAGGAGAAGAUCCGUUCUGCGGAUGGUGACUGGGCUAUUAUUGAUUCGGUAUGCUGGGCAUCGGGUGAUGGGCCAGACCUGGGGGCAGCUGCUGGCUCGGUUUCCAAAGAGCAGGAUUCUGGCCCUUCGACCUCGACCUCCGAUACCAGCAAACCGGCUGCAGCGUCAGCUUUCAACUUCCCGGGUUUGAAAUCGGCACCCAAUUCGGGCAAAACACCCUCGUUUGGGUCAUUUGGAUCUGCGGCUGCUUCUAUGAAGCCAAAUGCAUCCUCGUUCAAUGCAUCUGCGAGACCUACCGGUAUGCCUAGUUUUCAGGAUGAGGUUCUGAUGAAGAUGAAGGCUGCACAGCGUGAGAAGGAACGCAAAGCUCUAGAGGAGGAGCUUGCACGAGAAGAUGAAGCCGCGGAUGCUGCUGAUGCUUCAAAGAAGGCCAAUGGAACUUGA